UGCUUGUAAAAGAAAAGCGAGAGAGAGAGAGAGAGAGAGAGAGAGAGAGAGAGAGAGAGCUAGACAGUAAUACGAAACAAACAUGGCAACUUCAUCAGAGAUAGUGAAUAAACUGAAUCUCCAGCCCCACCCAGAAGGCGGAUUCUACUCGGAAACCUUUAGAGACACUUCUAUCGUUCUCUCUUCUCCUCAACUUCCCUCUGAAUAUAAGGUUGAUCGUGCAGUUAGCACAUCUAUCUACUUCUUGCUACCUUCUGGGAAUGUCUCACUCCUUCAUCGCAUUCCAUGCGCAGAAACCUGGCAUUUUUAUUUGGGAGAACCACUUACAAUACUGGAAUUGAAUGAGAAGAACGGGCAGGUCAAAUUAACUUCCAUUGGAUCUGAUCUGGUUGGAGACAAUCAGCAACCACAGUAUACUGUGCCUCGAGAUGUCUGGUUUGGUGCAUUUCCAACAAAGGACUACAGCAUUUCUCCAGAUAGUAUGGUUGCUAAAGCUGCACCGAGGGAUGCUGAGAGCCACUACUCCCUAGUAGGUUGCACUUGUGCUCCGGCCUUUCAGUUUGAAGACUUCGAGCUGGCAAAACGCUCUUAUCUUAUUUCACGUUUUCCCAAUUAUGAGCCUCUGAUAUCUCUACUCACUGUUCCGGAGUGAAGAUGAUCCCUUGGCCUUGCCUUGCUGCAGUUUUCUUCUGCAAGGAAAUAAAUGAACACCGGGUUGAGGCUUAUAAAGGAGACGGUGACCGAAUUCUGUGGUGUUUAUUUCGAGUCAAUAAACUUAGGCUCCGUUUGUUUGCAGAAAAAUUGUUUUUUUUUUGGAAAAUGAAUUCCGGGGAAAGUGAAUUUCAAGAAAAUACUUUCCAGUGUUUGGUAGUGUUAUGGAAAAUGAACUGGAAAACACUUUCCAGUGUUUGGUUAUUUUAUGGAAAAUAAACUGAAAAAUAAUUUAUUAA